UCUCACCACAGUUUAAGCAGAACAAGUUGAAUCAACGAGUUCAAAACGUUAAGAUGGCAGUUUGGGACCCAAAGAUUUCCUGGUGCUUCAUGUUACUGCUGGCUGAUGCUGUGAGUGAUAGAGUGAACUAUCCAGGUCCAGUUUGUGCUGUGAAGGGAUCCACGGUCACCAUCCCCUGCACCUUCACACCUCUGAAGUCUGUCUAUGAGGAUGGAAGAGAGGUUUCAGUCGAGAUCCUCAGAGUCAUCUGGUGCCAGAACCAUCGAAUUUGUCAUGGCAGCACUCCGUCUGUGUACGACAGCGAGUUAUACAACAACAUCAACAACCCUCGUUACAGAUACCUGGGAGACAAGAAGGGAGACUGUUCUUUACAGAUCACAGAUGUACAGAAGAGAGACGAUGCAACUCUUCGCUUCAGAAUGGAAGCUCAUACCAUAUUUUCCCCUUAUACUGGACCACAAGGAGUGAAAGUCACCGUGACUGAUGGCGCUCAGAUGGAGAUAAGAAGCUCCGUUAAUAAGACAGAGAUGAGAGAAGGUGAAGCAGUCACACUGAACUGCACCUCAGGGUGCUCCUUCCACCAACUGGAGGUCACCUGGUUGAGAGAUGGCCACGCCCUCAAACACACUGGCCCCUCCCUCUAUCUCGGCGCUCUGACUGCACAGGAUUCUGGGAACUACACCUGUGGUUUGAAGAACAACGACCGCACUCUCUCCAAGCCGUUUAGUCUGUAUGUGGAGGCUGAAGAGGAAGAAAUCAAGAGUGUUGACACAAUGCUGGCUGUCCGACUGAUCAUCUUCACUCUGCACUCUGUGCUCAUCAUCACCGUGACAUCCAUCAUCAUCAAAAGGACUUGUGUUUGCAAGCGCAGAGAACUGAAAGACGUGACAGUGCAGCCUCCAGACUUCAUGGAGGAGCUGUGACGUCCAGAGGAAACAGGGCCGGACUGUCUGAUAUUAAUAUCUGUAACAUAUCUGCCCUCAUAUUGAUUAGUGGUCGUUUAAUCCAGCAGGAAUCUCUCUGUAGUUAAAGUGAUUUACAGGACGUUGAACAUAGAUUGAGUCUGUAUGUAUGUGUAUGCAGCUAGAGUCAGAAUAAUGUAUUUAACAGUCAUAAAUGCUUUUUUUGCUUCCGUUGAUAGUUUUAGUUCUUUAAGAACAUGGAGUCUUAGGUUUGAAUAUCAAAAUUAAUAUGAGGAGCUUUAAAGUUUUCCAACAUGUAAAGAUACUUUCUUACAAAUGUUUAUGACGUAUUUUAUAUCCUUUACACAUCAACAACAUGAAUAAAACAUAAUACUUCUCUGUAAUCUUAUGAAAAUGAAUUUAUUUCAGUGUUAGCUUGCUUGUUUCAGUUGACUGCUGCUCACCAGACACAGUGAAGAAAACUCAGUAUUUAAGAAAGUAUCAGUUAGAAAGUUUUUGUACUAAUAUUUGUGGUUUUGAUUAGUCUCUGGUGAUAGAAAAUGUAAUAUGUUUGUGUUUUGGACUGCUGAUUGUACAAAACAAGACACCUGAACAAGACUUCUUACAUAUUAAUGGACUACAUGAUUAAUAGAGAAAAUACAAGCAGAUCAUUCGAUAACGAGAAUAAGCAAUAGUUGUAGUCAAAUAACGAACCACAUCAUUAACUCACCCGUUGUGUGAAGCCCAAUGUCCACCAGGGGGCGACUCCUCUGGUUGUAUAGAA